GAAUGGUACCGAACAGAUUGGAUGAGAUGGAAAAUUCCGAUUUUACAAACUACUUAGAAAGUCACAACCACCAAAUCCACCAAUGCUUGAUGUCCAAAGAAAAUCCAUCUCAUUUUAUCUACAAUUUCAAUACCCCAUUAAUUAAGCUCUCUUCUCCUUUCUCACCCAGUACACACCCAAAUUUCUCCAACAAUGUUAACAGGCAACGACUUCGCAGCUCCGGGGCGAGCCGAGGGCGAUAAUGCAGCCGAGCCAACCCCAAGAGUACUCAUCAUAUUAGCCUUCGUCCUUGACCGGCUGGUGGCUCGUAACGACCGCCUCUUAAAUGAGCUAACCCAACAGCUUGAAGAGUUGGGCUGCUGCAGCUCUUCCUCUAACCAUUUAGGAAACAGCUUCAAUGCGUUCCAUGGAGUCCGAGCCCCAACCAUCUCUAUAUUGAAGUACUUGGAGAGAAUUUACAAAUACACCAAUUGUAGCCCUUCUUGUCUCGUGGUUGGAUUUGUAUACAUAGAUAGAUUGAUCCAUCGACACCCCGACUCCCUUGUCAUCUCCUUGAAUGUUCAUCGCCUUCUCGUCACAAGUGUCAUGGUUGCAUCUAAGAUGCUUGACGACGUGCACUAUAACAACGCAUUUUAUGCCCGAGUGGGCGGGGUGAGCAAAGGAGAGUUGAAUAAGCUGGAAUUAGAGAUGCUUUUUUUGUUGGAUUUUGGAGUGACAGUUAGUUCGAGGGCUUUUGAAACUUAUUGUUGCCAUUUGGAGAAAGAGAUGUUGUUGAAUGGCAAUGGGGAGAUGCAAAGAGUAGAAAGACCCUUGGUUAUGCCUACUAAUACUUUGGAUGACGUGUUGGAAAUUUCUGUGGACGACACUCUUCUUGUUUCUUCUUCACCACCUUAAUUAGUUAAAAUCUUCCUCAUUUCAUUA